GCACACAUGCACAGCUAGCUGCGCGUGCGUUUUAACAGAAUAAUGGCCGCGGCGCGGAUAUUCAAACUUACAUUUGUCAACAAGUAAAACAACUUAAGACUAGUGGGAAAAGGCAUCGCAAUUCUUCAUGAUCAGCGAAGACUGGAGUCAGAGUAAUGACAACACUCAUGGCAAAGAACGUAUUUGUCAAUCCUUUCUACCAAGAAGGCGUCGGCAGACGGACUGGUGUUGUAUUGAAGAAAGACGUGAGAAAAGACAGUGAUGGAUUUGAAGUUUUUGAUGAUUACUGGUCAGAAAGUGAAAAUGAUGCCACUAUUAACAACACUACUUUUGCAGCAGAUAAGGAAAAUAAUGGUGACAGUAAACCUACAAAUCGACGUAAAAAGAGCUCGCUGAAGUCUAUGCCAUCCUUCUCUCCGCAACCUGCCAGCACUGACCGAGAGGAAAGCAAGGUUGAAUUGCCACAAAAUGUGUCUCACGCUACAGAGAAUGCAUCAACCAUUGAGGCUGAUAUCACUGGUAGUAUCAUCAAGCAUCCUGUCCCUCCUAGCCAUGAACCAUUGUCUGUGUUGAAGAAAUUCAAGACCAAGCAGAGGCUAAGUUUUUCUGAGUUGACUAGUUCAGAAGAAAGUCAAAGCACUGAAGAGGAGGUUAGUGUUGAAGAUGAAAGUGAAGAGGAUGGUACAUCAUCAGAAGGAACAAUCAAAGCAGCUUCCAGUCAAUCAGAAGUUAGUCAAGAUGAAGAGAAUGAUGGAGAGAGACCGAUCAAAGAUUCUGAACAGGAGAGUAGCCAGACAACUGAACUAUCAUCACAAGAUGAUGAAGAACCAGAGACGAAGGGUGCUGGAAGACACCAGAUAGAAGAAGAUCUUUCAUCAAAUGAGGAGGAUACCAUGCAGACCAGAGGAAGGGCAAGGCAUUCAACAAGAGGGAAGUCUGAUGUAGCAAGUUCACAAGAAGAACCUACCAGAGAAGUCAAUAGGCGAUCAACGACAGGAAAGUCUUCUGCUGAAAGCUCGCAAGAAGAAUCCUCAAGAGAAGGGAACAGGCAAUCUACAAGAGGGAAGUCUGCUGAAGAAAGCUCGCAAGAUGAAACAACAAGAAAAGGCAAUAGGCGAUCAACAAGAGGAAAGUCUUCUGAUGACAGCUCACAGGAAGGACCUACGAGAGAAGUUAAAAGACGAUCAACAAGAGGAAAGUCUUCUGAAGAAAGCUCACAGGAAGGAUCUACGAGAGAAGUUAAAAGGCGAUCUACAAGAGGAAAGUCUUCUGAAGAAAGCUCGCAAGAAGAACCUAACAGAAAAGGUAAAAGGCACUCAACAAGAGGAAAGUCUGAUGUAACAAGCUUGCAAGAAGAACUUGCAGGAGAACAAAAAGCAGAGAAGAUGGGUGAAAAAGUCCGGAGGAAAAGUAUUCACCAAGCAAGCAAGCUGGAAAUUGAUAAAGAAGGUGGGGAAGUUGUAGGUGAAGAAGUCAGAGAUGAGAUGGUAGGAGAGCCAGAAACAGAAAAGGAGGAGGAGAAAGGCCGCAGGAAAAGUAGUCGCCAAUCUAGCAAGGUGAUAAAUGAUAAUGAAGGUGGGAAGGUUGUAGACAAGGGAACAGAUAAAGAUGCAGAGAUAGGUCCUAAGAAACACAGUCGUCAGUCAAACACCAGUGUAAGAAAUAAAAUAGAACUCAAGGACAGUGAUAAUAUUGCAAAGAAAGACGAUGAUACAAGAAAGAGAAGAAGUACUCGACAGUCUAAAUCCAAUGAGAGCAAAGUUGGUGAGAAUAUCGCUGGUGACGUAGAGAUUGACACAAAUACGAAAAGUGAUACCAUACCGAGCAGGAAUAUAACAGCUAGCAAUGUAAAUACAAAUAAAGUUAAUGACUCAGAGACUGCAUUAGAGAAGGAACAAGAGAAAGCAGGAGUAAUGAAGCACAGGAAAAGUACUGGUCAAUCAGCUAUGACAGAUAAAGAGUUGCAAAAGGAAGAAGAAGUGAAAGGAAAUGAGGAUGAUAAGACCACUCACAGAAAUAACUUGCUUCAGUCAGGAAGUCUGGAAAGGAAAGGAGGGCUUAGUGGUAGUGAGGUAAUUGCAGAGGAGACAAGACGCAAAAGUAAUCGUAAGUCUAAAGGAGAAGAUAUGAAAGAAAAUCUAGAAAACAUAAUAGAAGACAUAAAGGAAAGGCGGCGGAGUGGGAAGCUAUCAAAUUCCCCUGCAGAAAGACCAAUUGAAGAAAAGAAAGCGACAGAAAAUGAGGGAGCUCCAGAAAUGGAUGGAGGAAGUGUUGAAAAGACGAUAGCAGAACAGGUCAAAGAAGGACCAGAGUCACAGGAAGCUUCAGAGACAGAAACAGAAAGGAAGAAUAUUCAAGAGACAGAAGAAGAAGGAGUGAAGAACAUUGAAAUUGAAACUAAACAGGAUUCGAAGAAUAAAGUAGCCGAAAACACUGAAGAUAGUAAUGUGAGCGAGCAAACAGGCAAACUAGCUGACACAUCUGAUGUUGUUGAAGAUGAAGACACAGAAAAAGUCUUCUUUUCUUUAAGAGCAAGUUUUGCAGUUCCAUCAGUUCAUGAAUUGGAAGAAGAAUUUGAUGUUGCUGAUGACGAUACACAGGAAUUUGGCUUAAUGGAUAAUACACAGAAAGGAAAUUGCAAAGAAACUGUGAAAAUAACAAAAAUAACAAGAAAUGCAACUAAAAAAGGAAAGGGAACGCAAAAGGAAAGUAAAGAAGAAAGAGAGCCUGAAAAGUUAGAAAAAUCAAGGAGGAAAUCAAAACAGAACAACAAAGAGGAGAGCAAACAGGAGAAAGUCCAGAAGAAAAGGGCAAGGAAGAGAGGAACAGAAAUCCAAAGGGCUGAUGAUAAUAAAAAGUUAAAAGACAGUCCUAAAGAGAUUAGCAAUGAUGAUGUGCAGGACUCAGAGUUAGAGAUGGGGGACAAUGAGAACAGAGGAAAGAAGUCUACCAAAGAGAAAAAUCCAUCACGAAGAAGGCAGAAGUCCUCCGAGAGCGCAUCUCAGGCUAGUUCUUCUGAUGCAGAUGUUGACUCUCAGCUCGAUGAUGACGGAACUUCUCUCGUAGAUCUUCCACCAAAGAAGCAGAGAAAAGAGAAGAAGAAAAACUCUGAUCAACCUUCAGAGGCCAGCAAUUCUAUGAAGCCCAGUGAUGCAGCACAAGAAAAGGCCGGGUCUAAAGCACCCAGGUCACGUCGAAGCAGUGUCCACUUCACCACAAAGGAUAUGAUCUCAAUCAGUGGAGACAUUAGCAUCCAUCAAGUCUCCAGCAGUGAGGACAAGUCUUCAGAUGACAAUAGCUCAAAGAGAUCAAAGAGUGGUAGUACCAAGGUACAGGACAAGGCACAAGAGGAUAGCUUCGUAAGCACAAUACAACAUCAGACUGAAAGUGAAAGCACUGCAGAGAGUGACAGAGAGUCAGUACGUGAAGGACCAAGUAGGAGAGGAAGGAAGUCGAGAACAAAAUCCAAGAAACUAUCAAAGCGGAGACAACCCUCAUCUGCAGUUGCUUCCACAUCCUCUGUGGCUGAUGCUGACAAACUGUCAAGUAUUAAGAAAAGAAGAAUGACUAGAAACCAGAAGAAAAGGGGAAAAUCUUUGCAAUCAAUGACUGAUGCAACAGAGACAAUAGCUGAUGGUCAUCUGUCUCAUGCUACCUUGGACAACCCUAGUGACAGCCAAUCCUUGAACCAGUUUAGUAGGGUGGAGAACCCAGACACGUCCCCUGUAUCCAGUAGUGGUGCACGAUCAGCAGCUUCUUCGGGAUCUAUAUUGAAAAGCAGCAAGAACAACCGUCAGCGUGAUGAAAAGAAGAAGAAAUAUUCCAUUCUCUUCACAGAAAAACCACUCUCGAAGGCAUAUAUCAUCAAACCUGACGAAGAAGAUGGAGUCAGACGGACCAAACGUCAGAGAGUGCGCCCUCUAGAGUACUGGCGCAAUGAGCGUCCUCUCUAUGAGCGUCGUAAGUCAGGUGGCUUAGCCCUUGCUGGUAUCAUCUCUCCUGAAGCUCAAGACAGAGUGUCUUCAAGGUCUGCCAAGUCUUUCAAGAAACAAGGAAAGCCUAAAGGUCAUCUACCUGUGACUCCAGCUCAUAUCUCAAUCCAUGCUUCACCACCUGUUGGAACCAGUGAUGUCUGCUUACCCACUGUCAAUGUAGUUAACCCUGAGACAAAUCAAGAGGUUGCUAUUGAUGCUGUGGCUACGUCUAAGAUGCUCAAAUUCACUGGUCCAAGUGGUUUACCUGCCAAACCAGAUGAUGCCAUCACAAUCACUAAAGCACUCUCACAGAAAGCAUUUGCAGCAGGUGUUCUGACAGUCCGACCAUUUGGUGAGAAAGGUUCUCAGCUGGUAAGACGGGACACCAUGGUGUUUUAUGUGGUUCGUGGCAAGAUUGCUAUGACCCUUCAUAAGACGAGCCAAAUAUUACAGAAUGGAGACUGGUUCUUUGUGCCAAAAGGUAAUGUCUAUAACAUCAAGAACCUGAGAAAAGAUGAAGCGAAGCUUACCUUCUUUCAGCUGAAAAGUGCAUGAAAAUCAACGGAAGAAAAGAGAAUCAUAAAACAGUUCAUGAUAGGAUUCACCUUCUGGGCUUUAAUGAUUAUAACUUUCUCUUAAAUUGGCAAUGAAAAAAGAAGAUGACAUUUUUGCGAGAGAGUGUAAUACCUUUGAAACCGGACAUGUGUGGAAAAGCUCUCCCAAUGGAAUAAGAAGCAUAAUGAUGAAAAUUUCGUUGAUAUUGGGUGCUCAAGGGCGUAGGCUGGUUUGAGCAUUGGAGGUGCACAUCUUGGCAAGGUGGAACUAAAGUUUGGGAUAUCAGCUGUGGAAAGCAGAAAGUGUACAAAUUUUGUUUUGCUUGCCAGUGUCGGAACUCCUCUGCCUCAGCAAGAGGGUGAAUGUGCACACAGUGCACCCACCCCACCCCCCUAUGCCCUUGGUGCUUAUGCGGUUUCAAAAGUUUACCUAGUUUCGCAAACCUUUGACACGCUGAAUAAGGAUGGUAUGCAGAUAAUUAUUUUAAAUUCUUCUGCCAAUGUAAAUGUAAAAUAAUUAAAAUUGACAUAUGUGAAUAUUUCACUGUACAUAGUAUAUAUUUAGUGACAUUGUAAUAUUUGUAAACAUUGAAUCCUUCUACCUAUUAUGUGUACUGCAGGGUUUUAAUUCAUGUAAGGCCGUUGAAAGCUAUUGCUGUGGAUGCCCUUGCAUUGGUCUCAAUAGCCCUCUUAUUGACAUUCGAGAUUCAUUGUGCCUAUUUUAAAACUUUUAUCAUUAGUACUGUACAUAAUCUAGAAAUUAGCCCCCCUCCCCCCAAGAGUAAUAACAAUAUGAAAGUUUAAGUACAUUUUAGGUACUUUUGGUAUGGAAUUGUACUUGUUUGAUCUUGUAAAAAUUUAAUGGGUUAGGAAAUAUUGAAUUGUAUCCUGCUGUUCAAUUUGUCUCAGCUUCUCCCAUUUCUUCAUCCUAUUUCUUCAUUCCAUUGUAUGAAAUUUGAUCAAUGUAUUUUAGAUUCUUCUUCUGUACUGCCUCAUAGGAGCAUCUGAAUUUUCAAGUCAUAAACAUGUUUCUGUUUUUUUCUAAAUAAAGCAGCAGGACGAUUUUUAUUUUAUUGUAUCUUGUCAAAUUUGGCCACGAGCAUUGCACCAAUAAGAAUUACCAUGUCCAAAUUUUCUGAGAUAAGAAUUUCGAUUCUCAAUCCCAUUUCCUUUCCUUAGCUCUGUAUAUAAACAUUGAAUAAAUUUAUGAACAUAUACAUUGUAAGAUAAAGUGUAAAUAAUUUGUAAAAUAAACCUGUAUAGUAUCCCGUAAUUAGUAACCAACUGGAAUAAAAUUAUUGGAAAUGGUUUUUUGACUGAUUUGAGUAGGUAUGGGUGUCAACAUUUACCAAAAAAAAGUUAGGAGGAAUACGGGUUGGGGAAAGUGCUUUUUUUCAAGGUCAAAGGUCAAUGACCUUUUUAAAUAUACUGUAUCAUGGUAUCUCCCAGAUAAAAUAUUACAGGUUGGUGAUAAUGGUGUCAAAAUGCACAGAUUCUUACAAGAAGAUCAAAUAAAAUAAAAUCAAGUACCUACAAUGCUCAUUCACCCAUGAAAUUCAAGGUCAAAGCCUUUCAAAGUUCAAUGACCUUUUUUACAUUAUAUACCAUAUACGGUAUAAUGGUAUCUCUGAGAUGAAAAGGUGCAGGUUGAUGAUCUUGGUGUCAAAAUGCAGAGGUUCUUACUGAAAGAUCAAAUAUAAUCAAAUCAAGUACCUACAAUGCUCAUUCAUCAAUGAAAUUCAAGGUCAAAGCCUUUCAAAGCUCAAUGACCUUUUUUUUUACAUUGUAUACCAUAUACGGUAUAAUGGUAUCUCUGAGAUGAAAAGGUGCAGGUUGGUGAUCUUGGUGUCAAAAUGCAGAGGUUCUUACAGGAAGAUCAAAUAAAAUAGAAUUAAGUACCCAGAAUGCACAUUAAACAAUAAAAUUCAAUGUCAAAGCCUUUCAAAGGUCAAUGACCUCUUUUUACAUUAUGUAUCGUACUGUAUAAUAGUAUCUCUGAGAUGAAAUGGCACAGGUUGGUGAUCGUUGUAUCAAAAUGCCCAGAUUCUUACAGGAAGGUCAAAUAAGAUAAAGUUAAUCACCUAGAAUGCAUAUUAAUCCAUAAAGUUCAAGGUCAAAGGUCAAUAACCUUUUUACAUAGGCUAUAUAUCAUAUAAAGGUAUCUCUAAGAUAAAACGCUGCAUGUUGGUGAUUUUGAUGUCAAAAAGCAAUUUUUGCAAGAAGAUAAAAAAGACUCAAAAUAAUCAUACAGAAUAAUCCAAUAUCCAAAGUCUAAGGUCAAAAGUUUAUAGAUAUUUAUAUAUAUCCAUGCAUGAUUCCCCCCC